AUGGUGGCGGUGCAUGUCCAGAUCCCAGCGGGGAGGAGGGGAGGUGGAAUGGAGUUCGUUGCCUGCUCAGCAUAUUUCCCGGGAGACAAGACAGCAGAUCUACCUCCUCCAAAGAAAGUGAGAGAACUAAUCUCCUUUUGUAAGAGGAAAAAUCUACAGCUGGUGAUAGGAUGCGACGCCAACGGCCACAACGAGGCAUGGGGAAGCACGGAUACCAACUUCAGAGGUGAGUUAAUUCUUCAUUACUUAAUAGGUGAAGGGUUAGUGGUUAAUAACAUAGGCUCCGAACCAACCUUUGUUACCUGUAACAGGAAAGAGGUUUUAGACAUUACGGUCAGCUCCAAUUAUUUGAGCAACAGGAUAUCCAACUGGAGGGUGAAAGAAAGAACUCUCCUGCAAUAUAGGGAUCCAAAAUGCACAGAUUGGGAAGGAUACAACCGCUCACUCGUGCAUCUGCUGGAACCCACAAUUGCAAAAGUGAGAGAUCGCGAUGAGAUCGAUAUUGCGGCGGAACAACUGCGGUGUGCAAUCAUAACGGCUUAUAGUGAAAACUGUCCACUUAAAACAAAGAAGGAUAACAGGAAGUCCUCUUGGUGGAACAACAAACUGGACAAAAGAAGAAAAGAAGUGCGACAGCUCUUCAAUCGCGCUAAAGUGUCAGGUAACUGGGAAACCUAUCGUACGACGUUGGCGGAGUACAAUAAGGAAAUAAGAAGGGCGAAGAGAGAGUCUUGGAGAAGGUUCUGUGGGAGUCUGGUCGAUCUACCCCAAAGCACCAGAAUUCACAAGAUUCUCUCAAAAGAACCAGUGAAUGAGCUAGGGACGAUACAGCGCCCCGACGGUAAUUUCACAGAGUCCAGGAAAGAAACGUUAGAGAUUUUGGCCCAAAAACACUUCCCAGGCUGCCUGAUUCUAGGUGAUGAAGAACGACCUCCCCCAAUACUCAUGAGUCGCAGAAAUCGGCCCAAAAAAGAGGAUUGGGAGAUGGCGAAGAAAGUAAUCACCUAUAGGGAGACAAAGGGGGCGAUCGAAAGUUUCGACCCAUUUAAAUCUCCAGGAGAGGACGGGUGUUCCCGGCCUUAUUGCAGAAGGCUGCGAGCAUUAUCGUCCCUCGCUUAG